UGUUGUGAUUUCCACACCGAAGAAAGCUGUCACGUUUUUCCAGUACAUUCCCCGUUGCCGCCGUAUUUACAGGAAUUGUAUCUGAUAUUUCUGAUGUAAUACUGGUUGAUACGUGAUUGAGGUAGCCUUGUAACAAGUAACGAAAGUGGUCACACCAAGGAUGAUUCAAAUACUCCGCAACGCAUCGCAUUUACCCUUCAAACAAAUAACGCGUACGAUUCGACCUGUUACCUGCCUGGUCGGUAAUGUGGAGCAUAGAACAUACAGUUCAACUGUGUUUACCUCCCGGGCCGUUCCUGUGUUGUCCGCCACGGAUGGACGCCGGCAAUUUGUGCUGCGGGGCGGUUGGGCCGUGGGUUCGAGAAAUUUCUGCAGCAAAAAAGAUCCAAACCCCGACGAUCCCGUCGAACCUCCGGCAGAAUCGGUGAACUACACAAAUCAGCUGCCUGCAACUGUGGCGAUACCAGAAGUAUGGCCACACUUGCCCGUAAUAGCGACAAAACGAAACCCGGUUUUCCCGCGAUUCAUGAAAAUUUUGGAGGUUACCAAUCCGAUGUUAAUAGAUCUCAUAAGACGAAAGGUGAAGCUGAAUCAACCGUACAUUGGCAUUUUCCUGAAAAAAGACGACGACAAUCCAAACGAAGUGAUGGAAACAACAAAAGAGGUUUAUGAAAUUGGAACAUUUGCACAAAUUCAGGAAAUGCAAGACCUUGGAGAUCGACUGCGGUUAGUAGCAACAGCACAUCGACGCAUAAAAAUCGUAGGCCAACUGUACGAGGACCUGGAUGCACCGGCUGCCGGUAAAGAAAUGACCAUAAAAUAUCCGUACUUUAACACGCAAAUCGCCGUCUCGGUAGACGAACCGGAUGCGGAAAAGCGUCGUCGAAAGCACAAGCUUCGAAGCAAGCAGAUGCGCAAUUCUAACAACGACCACACAACCGAUGGUACACCACUGGAGGAGGCUCCAAAGCGCCGACUGCUGAAAGAGGGCGAGCAACAGCCUUUGCUUAUGGUGGAGGUGGAAAACGUUAAACAUGAAAGCUUCAAAAACACAGAGGAAGUUAAAGCGCUUACCCAGGAAGUGAUAAAGACGAUUCGAGACAUCAUUACUAUGAAUCCAUUAUACCGCGAGAGUCUUCAGCAGAUGCUUCACCAAAACCAAAGGGUUGUAGACAAUCCAGUCUAUCUGUGCGAUUUGGGUGCCUCACUGUCUGCAGCCGAACCAGCAGAGCUGCAGGAAAUAUUGGAAGAGAUGGAUAUACCUAAACGCUUGAUGCUUUCACUGUCAUUGUUGAAAAAAGAACUGGAACUUUCGAAGCUGCAGGCAAAGAUUGGACGAGAAGUGGAAGAAAAGGUGAAACAACAGCAUCGCAAAUACAUCCUUCAAGAGCAGUUAAAGGUCAUUAAAAAGGAGCUAGGCAUCGAAAAGGACGACAAGGACGCGAUCGGGGAAAAAUAUCGCGAGCGCAUAAAGGAAAAGGUGGUCCCAAAAGCAGUGGCGGAUGUUAUCGAGGAAGAGCUUACAAAAUUAAAUUUCCUGGAAAGCCACAGCUCUGAAUUUAAUGUGACUCGAAAUUAUUUAGAUUGGCUUACGACGCUACCGUGGGGUGUGAUGAGCGAGGAAAACUUAGACAUUGACCAAGCGAGCAAAAUUCUGGAUGAAGAUCACUAUGGCAUGGAUGACAUCAAGAAGCGGAUACUGGAGUUCAUAGCUGUUAGUCAGCUGAAGGGUACAACACAAGGCAAAAUCCUGUGUUUCCAUGGACCCCCGGGAGUGGGCAAAACCAGCAUAGCUCGAUCGAUUGCCAAAGCACUCAAUAGAGAGUAUUUCCGAUUCAGUGUUGGUGGAAUGACGGAUGUGGCUGAAAUUAAGGGUCAUCGACGUACGUACGUCGGGGCGAUGCCUGGGAAGUUAAUACAGUGCUUGAAAAAAACCAAGACAGAAAAUCCACUCGUUUUGAUCGACGAGGUUGAUAAGAUUGGAAGAGGAUACCAAGGCGAUCCCAGCUCUGCACUGUUGGAAUUGCUUGAUCCGGAGCAGAAUGUGAAUUUCCUUGACCAUUAUCUGGACGUGCCGGUCGACCUUUCAAAAGUGUUGUUCAUCUGCACGGCCAAUGUAAUCGAUACAAUUCCGGAACCGCUCCGUGAUCGUAUGGAAAUGAUCGACAUGUCGGGUUACGUGGCGGAAGAAAAGCUAGCCAUCGCUAAACAGUAUCUCAUUCCACAGGCAAAACGUGACAGCGGUGUUGAAGAUAAACACAUAUCGAUUACGGACGAUGCGCUACACGCGCUAAUCAAAAGCUACUGCCGUGAAUCGGGAGUGCGUAACCUACAAAAGCAGAUCGAAAAGAUAGUGCGCAAGGUGGCAUUUAAGGUCGUACGGAAAGAGGCCGAUUUCACGGAAGUGUCGGGUACGAAUCUCAGCGAUUUGUUGGGCAAACCGAUUUUCACCCAAGAUCGAAUGUACGAGUCUACACCGCCCGGCGUGGUUAUGGGACUUGCGUGGACAGCUAUGGGUGGCUCUGCGUUGUAUAUUGAAACAGCAAAGCGCAAAUUAUUGCAACCAAUGGACACCAAUGGUGAUUCUAAACAGGCGCCGGGCGAUGGUUCGCUGGAGCUCACCGGUCAUUUGGGAGACGUAAUGAAGGAAUCGGCCCGCAUUUCGCUUACAGUGGCAAGAAAUUUCAUCUCACAAAUCGAGCCCUCCAACAACUUUCUGGAAUCUAGUCACAUACACCUACACGUUCCCGAGGGAGCCACACCAAAGGAUGGGCCCAGUGCAGGUGUGACGAUUGUGACGGCCUUGCUUUCGCUGGCGAGGGGCCAACCGAUUCGCCAGAAUGUAGCAAUGACUGGGGAAGUUUCGCUCAUGGGCAAAGUGUUACCCGUCGGAGGAAUCAAGGAAAAAACUAUUGCUGCCAAGCGCAGCGGUGUCACCUGCAUUAUAUUGCCCGAGGAGAAUAAGAAAGACUUCACCGAUUUGCCCAAAUUCAUUACGGAGGGUUUGGAGGUACAUUUUGCCAGCACGUACGCCGAUGUAUACCGCAUUGUGUUCCCUGAGAGUUAGAUGUAAUAUUUCAUUGCUAAAGUGUUACUGAUAGUUCGUUAGUCUAUUGUAUAAGAGUCGCUUGGUGAUAGAAGUGCACAACUCGACAGAAUAAAUGAAUUCAUUGGUGAAGAAUCAGAA